AUGCAACCCCAGCACCAGCUUCGAUCCACUGCAGCGCAUGCGCAACGCGACGCCUCCAUCAUGGACUCGCCCUUGAUGGAUGGCUUUCCACCUUCGUCGCCAUCGCCUUCGCCUUCGCCUGCAUUGUCCGCCUGCUCCUACUCCUCCACCUCGAGCGCAGGCGACUAUUCGGACUACGACCCGGAUCUCAAUGCCCUCUCCCUCGAGGUCAUCGACGAACCUCGGUACCGUCUCGUCGAUGCAGGCCUCACUCUCCCACGCAGUCACACCCAACCUCCUGGCCUCGCAGACUCCUCGGACAUCGACCCUCGCCAAUCCACCCUUGCCAGUGGCGCCGCCACUCCGGUAGCUUCCCAAUCAUCAAGGUCGCUCCGCAACAUAGACACGCCCAACGCCUCAUCAUCCUCACCUGUUGGCGCCGCUCUCUCCGCUUUCUCGUCCCUCUACCUCUCACAGUCACACAGUCACGCAAACCCCGACUCGACCGCGCCAUCCACUUCCACCUCAACCCACCACACCGCCGACAGCGACCGCUCUGCGCCCGACUCGGACGACGAUCGCGUAGAUCGCGACACAGCCACCGAUGGCUUCGAUGCGCUCGAUGUCGACGAGGAAGACAUGCAUGCCGAAGGCAUCCCCGCCGCUCGUGGCUGGCGCCUCGACGCACGUCAGGCCGACACGCGUCACUUCCGUUCCAAGGUGAUCGAGCUCUUCUCCCAUCAGCUCCAGCUUCAAGGAUGGUCCCAAGACACCGUGCACUCUUCCCUCUGGCCCUUGCAGCCCGACCACCUCAACCUCAAACGCAUCAGCGGCGCCUUCACAAACGCCGUCUUCUUCGCUAGCUACCAACCUGCAGAUUCCUCCUGUGUCGCCCCCGUCGCGCCACCCACCGUCCUCCUCCGCGUCUACGGCGCCAGCUCAGAGGCGCUGCUCUCCCGACGCGCAGAGCUCCUCAUCCUCCACACCUUAUCCAGCCUCUACGAAAUCGGUCCCCACAUCCUCGGCACCUUUGCCAACGGACGCGUCGAAGAGUUUUACGACUGCGACCCCAUCCAGAAAGAGGGCAUGCGCGACUUUGGCGACAGAGAGGCCUACAUGCUCCCAGGUGGCAGCCUCGUCGUCAAGGGCCGCGAAGGCCGCGCACACUGGGUCGCGCGCCGCAUGAACGAGCUUCACUCCGUCCCGCUCGAAGUUAUGCGCACCGUGCUCGAACAGGGAAACUUGCAUGGUCCCAGUCAAAAGGGCUUCGGAAGAGGAAUCGAGAAUCACAUCAUGGCAAGCUCACACCGCCCACGCCGCAAACAUCGCUCUCGCCACACACCCGCCCCACUGGAAAAGGACGCGCCUUCUCCCAACGUCUAUGGCCUCGACACUCGCGGCGUCAUGCGUGCAAGCCCGGCCCCCAUGGCCCCUGGCGAGCCCUCCCCUGCAGCCUCGAUCGACAUUCGCGCAGGCUCAGCUUAUGCGCACCGCAACAGCUCCACCGUCUCGCUCGACUCGCUCGCCACGAGCUACAACUCGCAAUCGAGCUUCUCCAGCGACAGCCCUUCCCUCACCGACGUCACCAGCCCAACCCUCUCCGCUGCCUCCGUCUCCGGCACCCCCAAUCCCUACUUUCCUCCCAUCUCAAACGGUCCAAUGAGCCCCUUGGCCUUGGUCCCGCAGGGACGCACAUCACAGAAUCUCAAAUCCUCGCGCGGACCUUACCCAGGAGUCUGGCGCAGGCUCAAGCGAUGGUCCCUCGAGGCUGCCAAGGUCAUCGAGCUUGUCGAUCGAUUUGCAAAGUCGGACAGCGGCGCCAAAGCCAUCGCCAUGUGCUUUUCCGGCCAUCCCUCCAUCCGUCAAGAGCUCCAAGCAGACCCAAACGCGCUCUCCACCGCCACCAUCGGCCCCACGCCGGGCAACUUGCGCAACUCGCUCCGCGCCAUCCGUGCCAUCGACCUGCCUUCGCUCUACCACCAAGUCGAAGAGUUCAAGCGCUUUGUCAGAAAGUGGGAGCGCAAGGAGGGACCUUCCCGCCGCGUCUUCGCGCACAACGACGCACAGUACGGCAAUUUGCUCGCCAUCAAGCAUUACAACGCCUUAACUGCAGCCCCAGCCACCCAGCUGAGUAACGGAUCGCGCGAUGCCAAGGCAGCUCCAGCAGAGACGCCAUCCAUCCCGGCGGGAAUGCCACGUCUCUCGUCGAAUGGUGUCAGGCGCGACAGUAUCGCCUCUGCUGCAGGCUCCCAGAGCCCCGAGUCGGUCCGCUCCAAGAGCCGAAGCCGCGCCAACCUCCGAAAGCCGGCUCCGCUCCACCAUCGCAUCGUCGUGAUCGACUUCGAAUACGCCAGCCCCAAUCCGCGCGGUUACGACAUCGCCAACCACUUCCAAGAAUGGCGCGCCGACUACCAUCACCCCACCCUCUCGUGGUCCCUCACACACCACGCCAGCUAUCCUGAUAAAGAGCAGCGCCGCAAGUGGCUGCGCGCCUAUGUUGAGCAGGGAAGGCUGCUGCGCAUGGGUGGACGAGCAUCCAAGGGAGGUUCUGCAGCCAUGGAUGUGCCCGGUGACAUGGUGCUGCCCCCUGCCGUAGCAUCUUUGCAGUACCCGCCGUCCAACUCUGCCAUUCACGGUCCCAUCACCACAGAAAGGCCCAGCGCGCCCGUAACACCCGGCACCGGCGCUGCCCAAGUGGCAGCCCUGGAGAAGUCCUUGGGUGACCGCAGCCGUCCCACGCCGUCUCAGAGGACGCCGAACGAUUCCGGCGUGUCGGCCAAGUCUGGCAGCGGCUCGUUGGCCGGCGCAUUGCAAUGCGAAGUAGACGGACAGGCCUCCAGAGUGAUUGGCCGACGGAGCAGCAACGACUCGAUCUCGUCUUCUUCUUGGCAAGCACCGCCAUCUGGGUCGCUGCGAGCCACCAACGUCUCUGCUCCGAGCACCCCGGCUGGCUCGCUCGGGCCCAUGUCGCCUCUUCUCGAUGGCUCGGCUUCUCCGCAGGUGAUGGCGCUUGCCUCGCUCGACGCCAGCAUCGAGAGGGAGAUCGACCGACUCGAGCGCGAAGUGGACAUCUGGAGUCCCGCCACCCAUGCAGUCUGGGGCUUGUGGGGCAUCGUGUUUGCCAAGGAAGAGCUCGAAGCCGUCCUCAGCAAAGCCACUGCAGAGGCUCGCGGCGAGCCUGUCAAGGAGACGGUGCUGUGCGAGACGAGCACUCUCAGCGUGCCAUCCGCAGCCUGCUCCGAGACCUUUGACAACCUGCGAUAUGCGCUCGGUCGCAUAGAACUGUUCCGCUCAGAGUGGCAGCGCCUCAAGGAGAUGGGCAUCGACUCUAUCUAA